AUGGCUAGGCAAGGCUGGUCUGCUGCAAGGCCGCCCAUAAAAGAUGCCCCGAGGGCCACGCGGCCCUUUGCUCCCUCGGCGGCGGCGGCAGCAGCUCCACCCGCAGCACCCCCCAUGAGCACCCCGCUGGCGGCCAAUGCCUGUGGCCGGGUAUGCCCAGCCGCGGCCGGGAUGGGGUUCGACUACUACUGGUCUUCUCUGGAGGAGAUGGAGCCCGGGCGCUGCUCCGAGGGGCUCCUUGGCCCAGAGGCUGGGAGCGGCCCGGGAGAAAAGGCGCCCCACCCUCACUCAGAUCUCUCUCCAAGGUCCUCCAGCUCUGGUGUAUUCACUAUUUACACACCAGACUCUGCCACCAGCCCCAACAGGCAGCCUCCUUCCCCACAGCCAUCUUCUCCCCAGCUGCUAAAGGAAGAAAGUGCAGGAGGCAGGAAGGUCAAAACCCGCACCGCUUUCUCUCAAGAGCAGCUCCAGAUCCUGCACCACAGAUUCCAGAGCCAGAAAUACCUCAGUCCGCAACAGAUCCGGGAACUGGCCUCUGCCUUGGAGCUGACCUACAAGCAAAUAAAAACGUGGUUUCAGAAUCAACGGAUGAAGUUCAAGCGAACCCAGAAGGAAAGUCUGUGGAUGAGAAAAGGACUGUGCCCACCUCAGAAUGCUUACCUGGAUAUAAAUCCCAGUUAUCACCAAGGUUACAGCAUUGGCGAUGCUAGAAACAUCCAUUCAUUGGCCGGUGUGCAUGAGAAUUAUCCUAGCGACCAGAACUAUGGCAGCGACCACCAGAUCUACGGUAGCCCCCAGACUUUCUAUCCAAUUGUGAGUGGUGAGGAUGGGAGCUUCCUUGGGAAAACUUCCGGGCCUUGCUACAGCCAACAGGCCAUCAGCUACAUCAGCCAGCAAAAGAUGAACUUUUAUCACGGCUUCGCUGCCAGUGUGGAAUAUGCCGCUGUGAAGAUGGAGGAUGGCUAUCCCUUUGCAAAUGCUGCUCCCACUGCAACAGCAUUACCAGGAGCCUCCGUCCUCCAGCACUAUCCAACACCUUUACCAGUUCAAGGAGCUCUGAGCGACUCUUAA